AUGAGGCACAAAGCUGGAAUCAACAGGAGAGGAGUGAGAGCAGCAGGCUCAAGAGAAGAUGAGAAUAUGAACACUGCGACAGGAAACAUCCUCAUUUCAAAUCAGGAGGAAGAAGAAGACGAAGAAGAAGAAGAAGAAGAAGACAGCCAACCGACCGACAAGGAGAUCAUUAAGUUUCUACUUCCUCUUUCCAGUCUCUGUAAAUCUUCACCUACACCAGCCUCCCCUCCGUCAGAUCAGGCCUACGUGCAAGCAGCGGCCGUUUUCCAUCGGCUGCGAUCGGAGAAGACGUCCUCGCAGCAGCUGCUGCAUUAUGAGAAGAAGACGGACACACCGCUGCCACAGAGCGGGGACAAACCCACCCAGAGACAGGCCUUCCAGCUCGCCUUCAGCACGCUCAAAUACCAAGAUUUACUGGAGGACAUCAUCACUGACAGCUGCUUCCACACGUCUCAGCAUAUUACCAGCGACUUGUUGCCCUUGGCGAUGGUGAUGCUGUUUGACUUCCAGGAACAAAGGUUUUUAGUGAAUGAACGCUCAGCAAAAGAAGGGGCGGAGCCUCUGCAGGAAGUCAGGGACAUGGAGAUCAGUCUGCUGAGGUGGAAGACAAAGCUAGCGGCCUCGCUGGCUCGCUGCAGAGUGAAACAGAGUCUGCAGAGCGUCUCCUGUUUUCUAUCUGAUCCUGUCAGGACCAAACAGAACAGAGCCAAACGUUUGCCCCUCUACGCAUGGGUCAAUACUCUGAAGACCAGCGUCGACGAAGUGUGUGAAGCCCUGAAAGGCGCAGGAUUACGAGAAGCGAAGAACCUGACUGAUCUCGAGGAGUCGACGUUCAGCAGAGACCCGCUCUGUGCAGACACACUCGUCCUCUCUCGACGGCUUCUCGCUCUGCUCCAGCACAGCACCGUUACACAUGCGCUCAACACACAGGACAGAAGUGUGUGCGUGGCGGUGAGUGCAUUACGCCCCUUGCUGUUUGAAAAAGGUGACGUCCUGGUGGCGGGGUCUUUCUCUGCCGUCACUGUGGCUCACGUAGCCGUAGUGGCUGCUGAGCGCUCUGGCCGAGUGUUGGUGUGUGCCGCUGAUCACACAGCUUCACACAUGGAAGAGAUAAAAGAACUGCUCGCACUAAUGGACAUCAAAAAUUUUCGAGUCCUGUCAGAGGCGUUCUCUGGUCUGGACGAGUGGAACGCCAGUGUUCAGCGUUUAAAAGUCAUCAUAGUACUACCUCAGUGCUCAUCCUCUGCCCUCAAUGACCCUGUACCCACAAUGCACAGCGAACACGGAGAUUGGGAUCUGCUGCAUGACUUGUCGUACGGUUCAGUAUCGCAGAAGAAGAAACAAACAAUGGCCACGCAGCAGGCACGACUUCUCGCACACGCUCUCUCCUUCCCAAAGGUUCAGACGGUGGUCUACUGCACGCGCUCAGUUUAUCCCGAGGAAAACGAACAGCUGGUGAAAAGAGUGUUAGAGAAAACACACACUCCCUCCAAACUGCUGCCUUUCAGGGUAAACGGUCCCAUUUUCCCCGACGACUCCCAAUCGGGAGAGGCGGCGGACUCCAAGUUCUUCAGGCUGGAAUCGUCUCCGUUUACAAACGGCUGCUUCAUCGCUCGGCUCUCCCGACAGGCCGAUCCUACAAAAGUAGAAACAGUCCAGGACGUGCUGGCAAGGGCGGCGGCAAAGGGCCUCCUGGGUGGAAUCCUUCCCGAACAAUCGAAAACGGGUAAAAAAGGGAAAAGCAAGAAGAAUCGAGGAGCUUCAGCAGGCAGCAAACCUUCAUCCCCCUCGGGCCAAGAGCGCGAAGCGGGAGGGGAAAGUGUGAGCGGAAAAGAUGGAUUCACACCUUCAGAACAAGAGGAGCAGAAAUGUGAAAACAACGAGGAGGAGGUUAACGGAGGGAAGAAGAAGAAGGGGCAAAAGCGAAAGGGCAAACAGCGACUGAAACAAACGCACAGGGCGACGACAACCGUCUCCAAGAAGAAACCGACAAAGAAGAAGGCGAAGAGGCGUCUCACAAAAACGAAAGCGAGGAGAUUCCCUCGUCUCACACUGACAUUGAUAUCCUCAGCUAACCCCCCCAAACACCUGUCUCCCAUCACCGCCCUCGCACACAAGCUGAUCGACGCUCCAGCCGUGGAAUCCAAGCAGGCAGUCUUUAGCACCUCCUCCCCUGCCGGGCCCGCUCCGCCUGCGGCCUCGAGGCAGGUGCAGAGACAAAACGCAGUGACGACCCAGAAGGACGCAGCUGAACCGGAGAGCCGUCUUAAGCUCAGGGGAAAGGUGAAACUGAAAGAAGAGGUCACCGCGCAGAACGUGUCAAAGCUGUCAGAUUUUGUCCUGCCGCCCAUCUCCCUCCCGUCCUCCGGUUCUUUGAGUGGCAGGAGUGUUGGUUCUCCCUCUCGGCGUCCGUCCCGGUCCUCCCACUCUCAGCUGCCCCAAGUAUCUACAUCCUCCUCCUGCGUCUCCCUGCCUGGAUUAUAAAUUGUUUUGUGUUUUUUUGGAGCAUUUUUGCCUUUAUUUGAUAUGAAGGAGAAAGACAGGAAAUAUUGGAGCGAGGGGGGGCGACAUGCAGCGAAGGUCAGAGGUCGGAUUCCAAUGAACGGCUGCUGCAACGAGGACUACAGCCGCCGUACACGGGGUGUGCAACAUAACCGCUAGUCCAUCCGGCGCCCCCCCCCCCCUACCUGGAUUAUAGACAAGUGUGUUACCCUACCCUACCCUAACCCAAUUAAACUAUUGAACUGACCCAACACUACAGUGAGCAAUCAUAAAGCAAAGGACUUCUAAAAAGUGAUUCUAAAUUAGAAAAAUUCUUGUUAUCUUUUGUAGCUAAUAUAGAAGCAUCAGCAGUCUGUUCUAUGACCAGAUUAAAGCUCCUCACUGCAGUUUUAAACGCACAGGUUUGUAAAAUUCUCUCAAUCAAAACAAUAACAAAAAGAGGACGUCAAGGCUGACGGGGAAUCAUGGGAGUUCUCUCUGCUAACUCACCCCAACCCCCAUGAAAACAAACUCAGAGUUGACUGUAUAGUCGAGCAUGGCAUUUGAAAUUUGAGAUAUUUUUCCAAUGAUUUAAACCCUGUGAAUACGAUAAACCUCGAUUUGAUAUCACAAGAUGACAGAAAGGAUUGGAAAGUUAAAGAAAUGUAUAUAAUUCAGUUUUACAUUCUGUCAGUCUUACUCGGCUUUCCUUUCCAGACCUUCAGAUCUCAAACUAACGACGCAAUCAGAGUCGUGAACAGAUUGAAUGGCUGAUGUUCAAGUGACAAACACACAACAUACCAUUAGAGGAAAAGCUGUAUAAUUCAGUCGACAACAUCAAAAAAGCUUAACGCAAACACCAGAACAGUGGCUCUAUAUUAUAAUGCUGUUUAUUCUCACAACUGGUUACAUUGAUAAAGUGUACAAAUCAGUGAGCAGCGAACGGAAGCCAACACAUCCACCUGUGGGAAAUGUGUGUGAGUUUGACAGAGACGCUGGGAGUCCACUGCUGUCUCCUCCUCCUCCUCUCUCUGUCCUCUCCUCCUCCUCUCUCCUCCUCCUCCUCCCUCUCCUCCUUCCUCCUCCUUCCUCCUCCUUCCUCCUCCCCUCAUCCAACAGUGGACCCCCAGCUCUGAGUGCACUGUACAGGGGUGAAGAUAUAUUUUCCUCUUUCUGCCGGUUGUUUCUGCAAAGCGGAGCGUGUUGUGAGUUAACCAGAGGCCGAGACAAUGACACCAAAGUCCGGAGACUUUACCUGCCCAAACUAAUAAAAUCAGUAUAUACCCUUUAUAAAAUAGAAUAAAUAAAAUAAAAAAUAUUUCUGUUCAGUACAUACAGUCGCUCUUUCCACCGUCCACGGGCAUGCAAAGGAGAUUUACGACUUUCUGUUUCAGCGAUCAAAAGAAUGCAUAGAUAAUUGCUCAGUUAAGAUUCAGCAUCAACGUAAUCGACAGCUGCUAGAAUGUCCGAUCACUUCUCCUAUUUUCAUUAUUUGCUCUCGUAUUUAUCAUAUCUACAACAAUGUAUAUCACUAUUUUACACUUUGGCCAUUUGGUGAAUAAAAAAAAA